AGUGAGCUGCCCGGCGUAUCAGUCGUUGCCGCUCUAUGAAGAUGCCCAUGACUGUGUCCCAGCGCCCCGAGGAUGAGCCUUUUCUGUCCGGAAACUGUCGGCUGGAUGUGAAUCAAUUCCCCACAAGUGACGCUGCUGCUGAUCCGCAGCUCAAAGGAGACCAACAGAACUCCAGCAGUACUGGCCCUGGGCAUUGGGAAGCAGCAACGAGCCAAAAGCAAGAGUCCAUAUGGCUGCGGCUUCAGCAGAGAAUCUGCUGGUGGUGCUCUAUAGCUGUUGUAUUUGCUGCUCUUGGUUUCGGCAUUGGAAUAUUCAUUGGCAGAAGUACAGUUCACCAGCAAAUACCUGUAACUUGCUCUCCUAGCUGCCCAGACAAGUGGACCUUAUAUAACAGUACCUGCUACUUUGCAUCCCUUGAGACUCAAGAUUAUAAUUCUUCCAAGUACUUCUGUGCUGAACAAGGAGCGACACUUCUGCUGAACAAUGAGACCGUGAAAGCCAUGAAAGACUUAGGAAUGGCGACUAAUGAUCGCUGGAUCGGCCUACGGAGAAACCAAGAAGGAAAGUGGCAGUGGGAGAAUGGGCCCUUGUAUAAAGGCGAAGGGCUGGACAACAAUGAAAAUCUCAACUGCGCCUACUUUUCUGGGAAAAUCCGUACUCUGGAGUGUUCGUCUAGUCGUGCCUUCAUUUGUAUGAAACAUAUCAAAAACGAUAUGCUGUGAAACAAGAGACCUCAAAAUACCAAUUUUUUUUA